GUAAUUGGAUAUGAAUUUUAGAAACAAUUCAUGAUCUUGUAUUUGGAGAUUUUAUGAUAUUAGAGCAGAUUUUAAAAGUUGAUCUUCAGAUUUUGGUGGUAUCAGAGUACAGUAUGAUAAGUUCCGAGCCUUGUGCAUUUGUGGGACCUUCUCACGAGUGCACGGCGUCUGUCGCGUCUCGAAAUUGGGUUUUGGGGCGUGACAGUUAUAUCACGGAAGAAUGUCUAAUUUUCUACUCUAGAUAUUCAAAUGAUAUUGAGACUAAGUGUAAUCAAUUUAAAAAGAACUUUGGUGGCAACUGUUGUGACUCAAAUGAAGGGCUAUUUAUAUUUGUAUAAGUUGGCUAUUUUUUAUCAAAGGAUGAAUGUGGGACUCUUUUUGAACAUGAGAGAAAUCAAACUCAUCAUUAUGUCUUAAGAAAUUGUGAAAAAUUCA